GCAGGAAUGAAAAAGCUGUUUUCCACACCCUGCUUGACUCCAGGGGAGAGGGAAGCAACGCUGAGAAAAAGUCUCUUGUGCUGUUUAAAUAUUAAACGUCUCAGGUUAAGCUGCCACCUCACGCUGGACCUUGGACUUCAUAGUGGGAGCAGACAUGAAGGAGAAAAAGGGGCUCCGGGACACCACAGAGGCAACCAUGAAAUUUGAAUUUAACCCAAAAGAAGGAAUCGAUAAUCCCGCUUUAUCCCUGGCAGAGGAUUCUGAACCAGAACAGGCUUCCCAGCUACGCUUCUGCUUCCUGAAGAAAGAAGGUAGUGAGAACUUGGGAUUCUGGCUGCGCCAGGAGGCUGGAGGGAAGAGCCCCAUGGUUCAGAAGGUGACGCCGGGAGGGCUGGCCUACCGCAGAGGCCUCCGGGUUGGAGACAGGAUCCUCGAGGUCAACGGUGUUAAUAUUGAAGGCAUGGAAUAUCUUCGGGUGAUUUGGAAGAUCAAGAGCAGCGCGAAGCAAGUCUUGCUCACUGUUCUGGAAGGGAACGCCUAUGAAGUAGCCAAAGCCCUCAACCGGGAUCUUGACCAGCUCUUGUCCAGUUACAGCAGGCCGCGCCUGUGCUGCAUUUCCAAAGGCCCCAACAGCUUCGGCUUCAACACGUCAGCUCCAGAAGGUGUGACCGGCAUAUUCCAACUCUCUGUGCUGCAGGAUGGGCCAGCUCAUAAAGCAGGUGUGCUGCAUGGUUCCUGGCUGGUGGAGCUCAACGGCGUCAGUGUUAAGAAUUGGACUAUUGCACAACUCAACCAAAAGCUCAAACAGAGCAGCAGCCCCAUGGGACUCCUGGUGAUUGGCAGCCGGUCGGAAGAGGCUUACCGGCAGUGCGGCGUUAAAGUUACAGCUGCUCUGGCUGAUGCCUCCUGGGUUCCGUUCCAAGUGAGGAAGCUCCAGAUGAUGCGAGAGGAAGAUGGAUAUGGAUUCUUGAUGAAAGAAGAAAGAUCUAGCUCUGGGAAGAGGGCCCAAUUUCUGAGAGAGGUGGAUGCUGGGCUACCAGCUGAGAAGGCAGGGAUGAGAGAAGGCGACUGCCUCCUGGCCGUGAAUGGCGAGAUUGUUGAAGACCUCGACCACCAGGAGGUGGUGUCGAGGAUCCGUGCUGACCACCAACGAGUGACUCUGUUGGUCAUUGACUCAGAAGGAAGCAAGUUCUAUGAUAAGGUCGGAGUAUCUCCUUUAGUUUUCUAUGAUGAUGAAGACUCCCCAUCAAGCUUUCUGACCACACAUGGUUCUACUUCUCCCAGCAUCCUUCAGGAAAAAUGGUGUCCCGCUUUGACACCUUAUCACUGUCAGAUCUCUAGCAAUGCAGCCCCACCGGGCCAACCUGACCCUACUCCAUGGACCUUCACCAGAGAGGACCACGAUGGGUUCAGCCAGGCAUUCUAGAGUGCACCCUGAUUGCUCCUGGGUCUCUGUGGAAAAAGUGAGCAUCUUUGCACAAAUUUCCAGCACUGCAAGUUGACCUCACCUCCCCAGGCCAACUUUUCCAAUCCCUCUCUUGCCUCACGUGUCAGUCUGCCUCGGCACUCCAAAUGAUUCCUGCAGAACUUGGCAAGCGGGCCAAAGAUUCAAAGCAGAGCAUGAUCAGAGAUGGAAUACAUGAGUCAGGCCAUCGUGUGGGAGUUCCUCUGGGUAAUUUUUUUUUUAAAAAUGAAGAGGCUGGAAAUAUUGCAAUACAAGGAUGGCCCUCAUCCAUUGAGUUUUGUGGAAGGGCAGCUAAUAUAGCAGGCCUGAAACUGAUACCGUGCUC